UUAUACUCGCGUGUCGUAACUUCAGUGAGCGAAAGCAAAGUAGGAUGUUGGCAGCUGCGUCUUGGCGGCAAGCUCUGCAAGCUCUGCGGGAGACGGAUAACUUACACCCCUGGCAGCUACGAGAGACCCAGAUGGGCCCCUAUCUUGCUCUGGAGGCGGUGCCCUUGGAAAAGCCACCCAGCGGCACACACGGAGCCGCUGCCGCCCCGGCGCUGCUCGACUACCACAUCUGCUACAGCCACUCCUACCAGGUGCCCGUCAUGCACCUCCGAGCCGUGUCGCUGGACACGGGCCUGCCGCUGGCACCGGACGCGGUGGCAGCGCUGUUCCCCAGCUGGCCUCAGCGGCCGGAGCAGCUGGUGGGCUUCGUGGGCCUGCAGGAGCACCCGCUGCUGCCGGGCCCGUGCUGGCUAGCGCUGCACCCCUGCAACACCGGGGUGGCGCUGGCGCUGGCGCUAGAGCUGGGUGGCGCGGCGCUCGUAGCAGCAGCAGCAGCUGAGGAUGGCGCGGAGGAGGAGGCUGCUGCCGCGGCCGUGGCAGCGGUUGCAGGAGCGGCAGCUGUAGAGGCUACCGCCGUGGAGCAGUGCUCGGGUGGUGCAGCAGCUGGUGCAAUGGCAACAAAGUCCGGAGCAGUACGGACGGGAGCGGGCCCGGGGGCUGCAGGCGGACGUCGAGUGGCCGUAGAGGGCGGUGGCGCGGGGGGCGGCGGUGCUGGCGCGGGGGAUGGCGGCGGGUGCAGAGGCGAGCAGGGCAAUGAGGAGACGGCCAUCCCUGAUGUGGAUGACUUGCUGACGGCGAUGGCCGUGGCGCAGUCACAGGCCGGGGCGGCACAACCGCUGCAAGCGACCCGAGCGCAGGUUGCCGAAGGUGGCAUGGGGCAGUCUGGUGUAGCAGGACGGAGCCGCGGUGGCAUCAGCGCUGGCGCAGAUGGUGAGGCAGGCGGUGGCACGGCACGGGAUUGGGCAGUGGUGGGGCCGGCCGGCGUGCGGUGGCCGGGCGGCGAGGUGCCUGUGUGUCCGGGAGAGCCAGCUUGGUUGGCACGAUACAUGCGGGCUUGGCUGGCCCUGGUGGCUCCGCACGUGGGGCUGCGAGCGGGGCCGUAGCGCGAGCGUGAGGCGGUCGAGCAAGCAAGGGGUGACCUGACCGCAGGAGCUGCUGAAUUGUGAGUCCCGCCAGUUCCCGCCGCAUGUAAUAGAACCCGCUU